AUGGCUAACGACAGUGAUAUGAGAUCACUUCUUACAAUUUCCUCCGAACGUAGCACGCAGUCUGCAGUCCGUAAAUGGAGGAACGUUCCGCUUCAUGAACGAUGUUCCAUGAAUGAUAUGGUUAAGAUCAAGGAAGCUUUUGAGGCGGCCCACGGAAACAAGCUCCUGGCUAAUGAGUUCAGAGAUCUGUUGAAGAUAUUACUGAACGUAGAAUACGACGAUGAAGAUUUCAAAAUACUUUUUAUGAAGAUCAACACGAGCCGCGACGGGGAAAUCGACUGGGACCAGCUGGUGUCUCACUUGCUCCUAGGCUACUUCGGCAACGACCAAGAGGACCAGCGAGAAUUGCUGCAAUUGCCAAUUAUGGGUCUGCCGAAGAUCAUGCGUUCUCAACAUCGCCACCCGAUCUCCAGGAUCUGCUUCUGUCCUGAUGUCGCUAAAGAUCGUAGCACAGACCCCAUGCAAGGCGCUUACAUCACGGCGAGCCGCGACGGCAUGAUCAACUGGUGGUCGCUCGAUAUGACAUUAUUAAGGACUGCGUAUUCCUCCAGCCCUCAGCUGAAAGUGCGCACCACUUGGGUAACGGAUAUGGUGUGCAUGCCGGACGUGAACAUCGUCGUGACCAGCUCAACCGAGCGUGAACUUCGCUUCUACGACUGCAUUGCCGGCACCUUCACACUGAAGAUCGUCAUCUCAAGCUGGGAGUACAUGAUAUGCACAAUGUACUACCACUUUCACAAAGAGCUGACGGAAAACUGCCUCCUGAUCUGUGGGGAUGUAGGUGGCUUCGUGCGCGUGCUGCAGUUUUCUCCAGUACUGCGUGGGCCCUUCCGCAACCAGCCUGAAAAGGCGCUACAGCUACUGCGGCACGUCGAUCUCCAGAAGCGGCCCCAGCUGCUGCCAGAGUUGCAGCUGGUGGAGUUCCCGCGCGCGCACAGUGAGUGGGUGCGCCAGGUGUCGUACUACGCGUCGCUGCACUGCGUCGUGUCUUGCGCCACCUGCCCCGAAGCACUGCUCAUGUGCGACCUCGCAGCCUCCCGGACACACACCACCUUCCACGUGGACAAGGGCGUCCAGUGCUUCGCUUUUGACGAGGAGGCGCACGUGGUGGUGACGGGUGGUCCGGACUGCACGGUGCGAGUAUGGAACUCGUUCGUGGCUAGCUCGGCCAGUGCAGUGCUGCAGGGCCACCGCGCAGGUGUGGUGGCGCUGGUACUGCAGGACAACGCCCGCUUCGCCUACUCUUUGGCGAGGGACCGUAUUAUCAAGGUCUGGGAUCUGCAGUCGCAAACCUGUUUACAGACAUAUAUAGACAUCCCGUCACUAAUUGGCGAGCGGACCCCCAUCUCUGCCGUGUACAACCCAGCCACGCGCGAGUUCAUCCUGGCUGCCAUCAAGAUAGCCGUGCUGAUUCUCGAUGAGCAGCUCAACCCCCAGCACACUGAUGGGUUCACGCACUCGCGCGCCGUCGCUAAAGUCCUGUACAACCCACUGUUCAAAGUAGUCAUCACUUGCGGCAUGGACAGCAUUAUUAUCAAUUGGGAUCCACUGACAGGUAAACGCAACGUGGUGGUGCGACGCGCGCACACGCGGCUGGUGCAGGGUGAGCUGGUUCCCGUGGAGCUGACGGCCGCCUGCUUCGACCCUGCGAACCAGCUGCUGCUCACCGGCGCCAGGGACGGCACGCUCAAGACGUGGAACUUUAACACUGGCGUAUGCUUGAGAAAAAUGGAGAUUGAACACAUGUGCGAGGUUACCAGCUGUUUUUGGGUAGAAGGAAGGAUCCUCGCGGUGGGGUGGAACCGGCACGUAACGGAGUUCGAAGAGGGCGGGUUGUCGUCGCUGGGCAAGGCGUGGGAGACGCGGCACAGCGAUGACGUGCUGGCGGCCGCCGCGCGCCCCCCACUCUCGCUCGCCACCGCCUCCUACGCCUCGGAGUUGCUGCUCUGGAAGCUGGAGACCGGCCAGGCCUACAGACGGUUCUCGUGUACGGAGCCGACACUGCGUAUCAAGAUGCAGUACAGCAAGCGCGCCGCGUCGCCGCAACCCACCCCCGCGACACCGUCUCAACCGCAUCGCGUCUCCGCUGUCUUCCGACCCAGCUUGAGCCCGAGGGGCCGAGGCCGGCGCGUAUCGAGCGUUUCGCUGCCGGCACAGGUGCAACGCAUGCGCCAGCUCGCCGUGCACGCCAUGAUAUUCCUGGAGACGCGCCCCUUCAGCAUGCAUGUCGCAUCGCUCAUGCUUGCUCUGGAGAACGGACAAGUGCAAUGCUGGUCCGACCACCCGGCUGGUGGGUACAAAGGUUCGUUCCAAGGCAUCCACACAGCCGGAGACUAUGUGUCCGCGUUCGCCACGGAUGUCAAUAACGAUUACCUGUUCACUGGCACCACCGUGGGCUAUGUUAAAGUUUGGCUCAUGACCAACUACCUCACUGAAGAGAAGGUGCACAUCAGCAUGCCUCGGCUGCGGCUGCGGUUCCCGUUCCUGUGGCGCGACCGCGUGGAGGGGCGCGCCAAGCGCAGCGUGCGCGACCAGCCGCUGCCGCUGCUGCUCAACAGCUACCGCGCGCACCUGCGCUGCGUCACCUCCCUCGCGUACCUCGACCACCACGAGCUGCUGCUUACUGGAAGCUCGGACUACAGCGUGCGCGUGUGGCGGCUGUCAGGCGAAUACCUACAGACGCUGGGCAGCUUUGUGCCCUGGACCCUAGACACCACGCGGUUCCCGCCAGACGUGAAGAAAGUCGCCAGUUCUACUACUUUCAAGGUGUGGCGCGGAGGCCAUGUGUCUCGCUACGUGCCAGGGCGCGUGGCGCCGGACGUAUCGGACGUGGGCGCGGCCGAGCUGCGCACGCGCACGUGGGGCGCGGCGCCGCGCGGCGCGCUGCUGGGCGCACACACGGCGCUGCCGCCGCGCCCCGACCCGCAGCCGCCGCCGCGCCUCGACCGCUCGCUGCCCACCAUCCCGCUGUACACGCACAUGCGCGUGAGCGGCACGCAGGCGGUGCGGCGGCCGCCCACGCCCGAGCUGGUGCGCGCCACGCGGCUGCGGCGCGGCGCCACGCCGGCGCGCCGCACCAGGUUCGGCGCGCCGCUCUAG